AUGGGUCUAACUUUUAAAUUCACCUUCCAAGGCUACGGAGACUGUGCUCGAUGCUUCUACUGUGGUGGAGGUUUACGGAACUGGGAAGAUGAAGACGAUGUCUGGGUAGAACAUGCCAGGUGGUUUCCUAAAUGUGCUUACAUCCGUCAGCAAAUGGGACAAGUAUUUGUCGAUACUAUCCAAGAGCUUAAUAAAACGUAUGAUCAUAUUCCCUUCACGAUGGUAAAGGAAAAAAUGGGAGAUGCUGUUUCAGCCUUUCAGCUUGACACAAAAGACACGCCUUUGAAAAGAGACCCUGCUGUUAAGACAGUAGUAGACAUGGGCUUCCCCUAUGUAGAAGUUAUUGCUGCAGCUGAAGCAAUUAAAAACGAUGGGAAUAUUUUGUCAGCGGAUAAAAUUUUUGACAGACUUGUUUCGGAUAACAUUAACAGAAGGCCGAAUGCUCCUAAAAUAAUGGAAUUAAAGCUAGAUGGAGUUAACACUGAAACACUCGCCAGAGACACAGAAAGACUCAGGAGCUUGAAAGAACAGAAUAACCAGCUUCGCCAACAGACUGUCUGUAAAAUUUGUAUGGACAAAGAAGUGGCAGUAGUUUUUCUGCCCUGUGGUCAUCUAGUGUCCUGCACUGACUGCGCCGCUGCCAUGAAGGAUUGCCCAGUGUGCAGGAACCACGUCAGAGGAAUAGUCCGUGCCUUCAUGGGCUAGAGAAGAGUGAAGAAAACGUGAAUAGGAGUGGAUUAUCCUAAAUCUUCACUAGCUACAGGGUUAGACUUAUGUCUUGUCGCAAGUAAAUGUUGAAAAGAAGUACACAUCUUUUAGAUGGGGCAUGGUGGCUGAGCGGUAAAGCGCUUGGCUUUCGAAUCAUGGGAUCUCGGGUUCGAAAUGUCGUUGAAGACAGGAAUUUUUAACUUGGAAGUUUUUAGCAUGCCCUGAGUCCUCUCAACUCUAAUUGGUACCUGACAUUAGUUUAGGGAAGUCCAGUUGGUCAUUGUGCUGGCCACAUGGGCGACAUUGGUAACCGUCAAACAAAGAAACAGUUAUGUUGUCUUCUUUUGUUGACUCUUUUGAACAUGUAUCUAUGUAUUUUGUUUAAUACACAUAUGUAAUAAAUUAGUCCCUUGGUUACAGAUAUUAUUGACUUCACUGACAUACGCUUCACAAUUUACUUGUAAAUCAUUUCGCUAUAAAUCUUUCGUCCCGUCAGUAAGAGCUCUCUAAUAAAAUACAUAACGCAAACAAAACCGUCUCGAAAUAAGCACACUAAUAUUGAUAUCUAAAUAGCUUUAGACCAGGGGUUCUCAACCUGUGGGUCGCGACCCUCUUGGGGGUCGGUUGACGAUUUGCGAGGGGUCGCCUAAGACCAUCGAAAUUAUGGAUUGUUAUUGUCUAUUCUUCUAUUGCUGUAUGUGUGUGUGUGUGGAGGGGGGGGGGUCGCGGCAGAGUGGGGGAUUGUAAAAAGGGGUCGCCGAGCAUAAAAGGUUGAGAACCACUGCUUUAGACGGUCACCUGUCAUUUGGACUGUUGUUGGAUGGACUUAAUGGUCCAGGGUUUGAACCCCGCUUUACUAUAAAUAGCGUUUAGUAUUAGAAUUUUCCAAAUGUGAAUUGUGUGAAAUCUUCAAUUGUAAAUUGUGUCAUGUUCAUUGUUUUUUUAACUCUUUCUCUCCUAACUGACGAUAUCAGCGCUGAUUCCACCAGAAUGUGGUAAAUAAUGACGGAGAGAAAGAGUUAAUGCAGAUGAUAUGAUUUACCUGCACUAAAAUUUAGUUGUAGUGGUAAACCAUGAAUUUCAAUGAUUGAUCCUUUCCAAGAUCAAAGUCAAGUUGACAUUGCAAAGCUGCUGAUGUUCCCUGUCAAAAUCACGGGCCUCACAGCGGCGACAGGUGAACCGCGUUUCAACUGGAUUCAGUUGAAAUUCGGGCCAACUCGUGAUCCUAGACUUCAUGUCUACACAGCAAUGUGAUUGAUGAUGGUGUGAUUGAUGAUUGUGUGAUUGAUG